GUGAUUGCAUCGAACCAAGUAACUUCGUUAACGUUGUAUCGACUGUCGACUGCCGUAAACCAUAAUAUUCCCAACACAACUGCAGCGCUCCUUACCAUUAAAAUCUUCCAAUAUCUCUAGUUGCACACCGCCGCGUUUAUUAUUAAAAAAUAUUUGGCAUUCGCAAAGAGGCUCCACGUUGGCUUUGUUGUGUAUUCUUUCGAAAAUUCCCCCUUUCGACGAUCAACACUGCACGAGAUGGCAUCCAUACCGGCAGCCAGUUUUGUUGCUCCGCGAGUGCAUGAGACGUUGGCACUGCACCAGCGCAAAAAGGACAAAGAAGAGCCGAGUCCGUGCCUGUCCAAUCCGCACUUGGGCCAGUCAUCCAAUCACUUCACACCGGCUCUGGCGACCUAUUUCGUGAAGAACGGCCAGAUGUUCUCGCAAAGCAUUCGCACAAACCCCGAUGGCAGCACUUCUUGCUUUGCCCUACCGGUGGACAACCUGAGCAGUGUAUGCGCACCCAGCGUUGUCAUCCACUCUGACAAAUUCGAUCCAACCAAACUGACCCAGGCCGAACUGAAACCAGUACCGUCGCAAUCAUCACCGGGUGUGGGACCCCGCAAAGGAUAGUGCCGUUCCUCUCUCUGUGAUACAAAACCUAUCUGACCGAAGUCCAGCUAAUACAAAACAGCUGGAUUUUCUCCAUAUAUUGUACAUUAUAUUACGCGAAUAUUCAGAAAUUAAUAAUGUGUAGAUGUUAUUAAUUCAUAUUUCAUUGUAUUUUUCACGUUGCUGUUUAUUCUCCGGCAGCGCGUUACACACUUGGUCUGCACGAAUCAUGACGGAUGUUGCAUGUGCAUUUUACUUGGCAUGAUCUAUUGGUUAUUGGUGUAUUCAGGUUACAAAAAUUUUUGAGUAAAUGAUCCAAAAAUUAUGUUGUUGUUGCGUUGCCCCGACACGCGUAGCCUGUUGCCUCCGGUUUCUCAAUUUCGCGUGCGGACGAUACAGUCUGUACAAUCUUGUUAUACAUACUUGAUUUGUGCAAUAGAAAAUAAAAGACUGCUCUGAA